AUGGAGGGUGGUCUAAGUAGGGAGGAUGGACUUACUAUGGAGGGUGGUCUAACUAGGGAGGGUGGACUUACUACGGAGGGUGGUUUAACUAGGGAGGAUGGACUUACUAUGGAGGGUGGUCUAAGUAGGGAGGAUGGACUUACUAUGGAGGGUGGUCUAACUAGGGAGGGUGGACUUACUACGGAGGGUGGUUUAACUAGGGAGGAUGGACUUACUACGGAGGGUGGUUUAACUAGGGAGGAUGGACUUACUAUGGAGGGUUGUCUAACUAGGCAGGGUGGACUUACUAUGGAGGGUGGUCUAAGUAGGGAGGAUGGACUUACUAUGGAGGGUGGUCUAACUAUGCAGGGUGGACUUACUAUGGAGGGUGGUCUAACUAGGCAAGGUGGACUUACUACGGAGGGUGGUCUAACUAGGCAAGGUGGACUUACUACGGAGGGUGGUCUAAGUAGGGAGGAUGGACUUACUAUGGAGGGUGGUCUAAGUAGGGAGGAUGGACUUACUAUGGAGGGUGGUCUAACUAGGGAGGAUGGACUUACUAUGGAGGGUGGUUUAACUAGGGAGGAUGGACUUACUAUGGAGGGUGGUCUAACUAGGGAGGGUGGACUUACUAUGGAGGGUUGGCUAAUACACAGAGGAGAGGGCUAA